AUGGCGGACAAGGCUCCCGGUGACUUGACUAUCCCGGACGGCAUUAAUUUCAACCACCCUUACACGCCCUAUGAUGUGCAGACUGACUUCAUGAAAGUCGCCUAUGGUGUGUUGCAGCAGGGCAAUGGACAGGUCGGCAUUCUCGAGAGCCCAACAGGCACGGGUAAAUCACUUUCACUCAUAUGCGCCUCUUUGACGUGGCUUCGCAACCAACGUGUUGAGGAACACGAGGCGUCUCUCAAAGUCAACAUUGACGACUUCAAGGAUGAGCCUGACUGGAUUGUGGAGCAGAUGUUGCGCCGGAAAAGAGAUGAUCUCGCCCGUACCUGGGAGGAGCGAGAGAAGAAGUUGGAACGGAUUCGUCUGCAGGAAAAGGCCAUUGAAGCUCGCAGUGCCAAGCGACGCCGCUUUGAUGAUGGCCCCUCGAGAUCCAAGCCCCAUACCCUUGAUGGCGAGGAGGACGACGAAUGGUUGCUCGAUGAGUCAGAUGCCAUUGGCUCAGUCGAUGAUGGCGAUGCUAUGAGCGGGCUCAGCAAGGAGACAAAGGACAUUCUUUCAAGAUUUGGCUUGGGAAGCCUCAAGGCCCAGCAAGAGGAAGACGAGGUCUCGGACGGAGUCAAGAUAUACUACACCUCAAGGACACAUUCCCAACUCACCCAAUUCAUCCAUGAACUGCGACGACCCUCAUUCCCCUCGUCCGUACCUCAGUCGAUCGUGCAACGCCAGAGUGAAGACAACCAACCUGCCAAAGAGCCGGCCAAAGAGCCGGUCAAGCACCUACCCCUAUCGUCACGCCAGAAACUCUGCAUCAACCCCUCCGUGUCGCGUCUUGGCAGCUUGUCGGCCAUCAAUGACCGUUGCGCGGAACUCCAGAAGCCGAAAGCCAAGGACAAGUGCCCCCACGUUCUCAAGGAAGACAACAUUGCCGAGACGCACCAGUUUAGGGACACUGCCCACGCCACAUUGCCAGACAUUGAAGACCUGUAUCAUCUGGGGAAGAAGCUGUCUGUUUGUCCAUACUAUGCAUCACGCGCGGCGAUUGCAGGUGCCGAGAUCGUCACUCUGCCAUACCCCUUGCUUCUUCAGAAAAAUGCCAGAGACGCGCUCGGCAUCAAGCUGGAGGGUAACGUGGUCAUUGUCGACGAGGCGCAUAACAUCAUGGACGCGGUAGCCAACGUCUAUGCAUCCGAGGUGAAGUUGAGCGAGCUUAGGAGGGCGCGGCAGAUGCUUGGCAUCUACGUCAAGAAGUUCGGCAAGAAAUUGAAGGGAGAGAACCGAGUCAUGGUCGGGCAAGUGGGCCGAGUUGUCGAAGGUCUCAGCGAGUGGAUGGAGGGGCAAUCGAAGCUCAAGGCAGGUCCUGUUGUUCGGCGGCUCGUCUCUGUGUGGACUAACGUAUUACAGAGUACCCAGGGUAUCGUCGACUCUAAAGUCCUCCUCCGCUGCAAAGGAGUAGAUCAGAUCAACCUGUUCCGACUGAUCCAGUACAUUCAAGAGUCGAAAUUGGCCUACAAGAUUGAGAGCUAUGUGGCCCACGUCGAAGAAACCGCCGCCGACGCUGGCCACGUGAAGGCACCACCGAGAUCAUCCACGCCUGUUCUUCACAUUUUAUCGUCGUUCCUGAUAUCUCUCACUAAUCUUAGUUCCGAGGGUCGCAUAUUCUACGAGAAGGUCACCACAAACUCGCCGGAUAUCCAAGUUUCCUACCUGCUACUAUCACCAACGCACGCUUUCUCGACGAUUGCCACGAGCGCCAGGGCGGUCAUUCUCGCAGGCGGCACUAUGUCCCCUUUUGAUGACUACAAGGACCAUCUCUUUCCAUAUCUUUCAGAGUCAAAACUUACGACCCUCAGUUGUGGGCACGUCAUUCCACCGUCUAAUCUCUGCGUCUGGACCCUGGCAGGCACACAGCCAGGCACCAACCGGGACACCAAUUCGACAUUUGAGUUCAGCUUCCAGCGCAGAGCCGAUAAGGCCAUGGUAAGCCAACUAGGUCUGGCCAUUUUGAACAUGUGCAAUGUCGUCCCUGACGGUGUUGUCGUGUUCUUCCCCAGCUAUGGCUACCUUGAUGAAGUUGUUGCAGUGUGGGAAACGCGGACUGCAGGAGAGGCCAAGUCAAUAUGGCAGCGCCUCCAGGAAAGAAAACAGGCAUUCAAGGAAACCCGAGGGGGCUCCAGCGACGAGGUCCUGGAGGCGUACAGCCAGGCCAUCUUGGGUGACGAUACUUCCGCGAAACCGGGGGCGCCACCCAGACCUCGGGGAGCCUUGCUUCUCAGCGUUGUUGGCGGCAAGAUGAGCGAGGGCAUCAACUUUUCCGAUCGCCUGGGUCGCUGCGUCAUCAUCGUGGGCCUGCCGUACCCAAACAUCAACUCCCCCGAAUGGAAGGCCAAGACGGAGUACAUCGAGACCACGACUGUUCAACGACUUACCGAUCCCGCAGGAACAACGAAAAUGUCGAGAGACGAGGCACUGGCGGUCGCGAAACAGGCGGCAAGGGACUUUUACGAGAACGCGUGUAUGCGAGCCGUGAAUCAAAGCAUCGGGAGGGCAAUCAGACACAUGGGGGACUAUGCGGCUAUCGUUCUCGUGGAUCGCAGGUAUGGAACAGAGAGGAUCCGAGGGAAGCUUCCUGGCUGGAUUCGAGGCGGUAUGAACAGUGACAGCCAUGAAAAGGGAUUGCCUCAGCUGAUGGGAGCAUUGAGCGGGUUCUUCCGGUCGAAGAGGGCAGAAGUAUCAUGA